CAACAAUAUGGCAGACGGAAAACGCAUAGUUGUCGUUGACAAAAGCGAUUUUUAGACAUUGUAUGUGGCUAAUGAUCGAAACUUAUGUGACAGGAGACAUAUGUUAACAUCUUAGAUGGCGCUCGUAAAAAGAGAUAACCAGUUCUCUGUUGCUACGAUUCAAGAGUCGACGAAGGAACAAAAAAGGACUAAUGUAAAAGUACUCGACGAAGAGACAUACGUGCAAGUAGGUCAUUUGCAAGGUUAUUAUGACCUUUUUGAGAAAUUGAACAGAAUUUUAGAGUCUCUAUUUCUGUAUACGGCCAGCUCUACUAUGUAUGGCCAAGUGUUUAUGUAUGUUUUUAAUUUAACUUGUGUCUUUUCCUGGGUGUAUUUGUUACUCAACGUUCGUACAAACUAUUUUGCCAUGAUUUCUCAUAACGAAUAUUUCAUGGCUGGAAACUUUGAAAAAAGAAGCUGAGGAAAUGGAUGAUAGAAAUGAAAGGGUCAACAAAAUGAGAAACUACAGAGUACUAUUUCCACUCACCUUUGUACAAUGUAAGCAUCCAAUCGCUGUGGUUAACCAUGUCUUUCUUUUUUCUUGCGAGCAAACUCUACAGGAACAUUGUGGAUCCAAUAAAACUAAAUGUUUAAAUGCUAAUAAUUGCAAAUAACAGUUUUUCCUUUUCAUGAACGGUCAAUUUUCUCUUUACAGUCGUUAAAUAAAAUCAUACAAAGAGACUUCUUCCCAGAGCUUCCAAAAUUAAGAGCACAGCAUGAAUAUUUGGAUGCCGUGGAACACAAUGAUGUGGAGAAACUGAGGGAAAUUUCAGCCAGAUAUCAAGUCACGCAGACACCUGGUGGAAGAUUAGGUAGGAAUAGUCCAUGCACAAUAGUAGUUUAGCUGGAAAAAGUUAUGGUAAAUACAAGUCCUGUACAUGUACUAUAAGAUACUGUAAAAUUCCAAAAAUGAGCCCCUCCAUGUAUAAGCCUCUCCAAAUAUAAGCCCCCCAAACUCGUAACGCAAAAAACCCUCUGUUGAAUUCCCCCUCCACAUAUAAGCUCCUGGGGGAUUGUACUUGGAAAUUGCCCUCAAAUACAAAGUAAAACAAAGCAAAACCGAUAAAUUUCAUUCUAACUGUAAGGCUAGCCCCGUCGAUUUUGAAACACAAAUUUCCGUCCAUAGAUAAGCUCCUCCGAAUAUAAGCCCUCAAAAAGAGCCUUUGAAAAAUAUAAUCCCCAGGGCUUAUUUUCAGAAUUUUACGGUUAUAUUAGUAAUAAUCAAAUGUGUCCUCUAUCCUAAAAUUAGUUUCCUAGACACAAAAAACCAUAAUGAAAUAAGCACUCUUGCCCAAUGAAUGUGCCCUUCACAAAGAAAGAACAAAGUUAAUCUAUGCUGAAUGGUACCAUAUUUAAAGAUACAACCUUUUGAUGCAGUACUUUACAUUGAUAAAUUAUUGUGACCUGCCACACAAUAGCCUGAUGCUUAUCAGCCAAGCUCCAUAAACAGCAAUGCAAGUGAUCAUUUUCACUUUCAUGUUUGUUUUUCUAUUUUCAAGCCACCCCAGCUACUUUUGAGACACCAAGCACAAUCCAAGGAACUCCAGCACCAUCUCAGCCCAUCUCAGACAACAGCAGAGGGACUGCAGAAAACAACAGCUCAACAGAAAACAAUUCGAGUAGUAAAAAAGAUGAAUCAGAUUUCACACUGGACAGGUUCCUUGCAAAGAAUACAAGUGAGGACAAUGCCUCAUUUGAGCAAAUCAUGGAGACAUCUACACAGAAACGCAGAGAGAAGUAUCAAUGGCUUUAUGAAAGAGAGCAGGAACAGAAAGAAAGGAAAGAGGAAAUCCUGGCCUUGCCAGCUUCUGAAGAAGGCGAUCAGUUUAAGUACGAAGACAGGCCUUCAAUGAUAGAGACAUGGAACUAUACAAACAAAAAUGCACUUAUGUAUUACCCUGAUGGGGUGGGAGCAUCGGUGAAAGAAACAAUUGAGGGCAAGUACAUCAAAAGACAACAGAUAUUGCAUGCUAACAGCAGGUUUAAGAAGGAUCCAUUUCCUGAGGAUUCUUGUGAGGACAAACUAGCAGCCGCUGCUGCGACUCGCUUAGCCGCCCAGCAAGGAAGGAUUGGAGUGGAUGGGCAACUUCAGGGAAGCAAUGAAACACCUAAUGUUAAGGGGUAUGGAUUUGUGGCCACGCCCUCUCCUGCUCCAGGUAUGUACAUUCAUUAAUCUUAAUCCUUAAAGUCACAUUAUCCACAUACAAACUCUCCAUACAUUUCCUUGAAGAAUUAGAUGAGAGAAUUUGGAAAAAGAUCAAAGCCUUUUUCCCUUGGGGAUCAUUAUAUUAUUUUAUUGUCAUAACCUCUUCUCUGGAUGAUGUAUAGAUAUUGUUAAGAGAAAAAAUAAUUUUAUGAGUUGUAGAGUAAUAUUCUGAUUCUCACUGGAACUUAAAAUCAAGAGCCCUCUGUUAUGGGUGGCCAUAUUGGUUUCAAAUGCACCGAGGGGUGAGCCCUUGGCUUAAUAGUGGUGGAGGGCGGGGGAGGGAGGUGAGAGACCUGAUACAUUUGAAACCAAGGUGGCCGCCCUUAGGGUAGGUUCUCAAUCUCGAGAUCAUACUGAAAAAUGGGGGGACUGUGAAAAGUCUAAGGUGAUUAGCGGUCUGAGAAUAGUCGUUAAUUUAACGAGUGGCAAUCCUUCUAUUUCAUGAAUAUGUACACUGCAGGUUCAUAUUUAAGGUCACUGAUCUUCUGUCAUGUACUUCAGGUGUAGAUGCAUCACCUCUAAUGACUUGGGGAAGCAUAGAAGGCACCCCUUUUCGUUUGGAUGGGGGAGACACGCCCAUUGCCGGCACCCCUGGACCAACAUUUAAAAUGCCAGAACCAAAGAAACGAGACCAGCUUGGCCUGGCACUAGCAGAGAAGGUUAGCAGACAACACAGAGAAAAACGACGACAAGCUCUAGCAACAGCCACUGCAAUGAUUGGCAGGUACAUUUAAAUAAUAUCAUUAGCGUUUAUUGUACACAGGCGGCCCAUUGCCCGGAGUUACAGGCCAGUUCAUUUUUAGAUUGGUGUUCAUGCACAUUUUGCAAAUCAAGUAAUUCUUUACAGACCAGUUAACAGGUUGGUGUUUUGGUGUUGUCUUUUUUUUCUUAUAUCAUAUGGCAGAUGAGACGCACUCAUUUAUGAGGCAGCACUUCCAUUUUCGCGGAAAUAGUACGCAAACAUAAUGUUAAAAAUAAACUGACCUGUAGGUAGCCGUUGCAUUGGCCACAGCAUUAAUUUUAUCACAUAUCAAACAUCACCAAGACCUUAAUGACGAUCCGCGCCUAAAGUACUGUUAAACAGUUAAAAUUCCUUAUACAACUGUGACCCAGGGUUCCCAAGUAGGUCAUGGUUUUGUUACCAAGGGCACCUAGUUCCAUUAAACAUAAAUUCCGGUUUGAAAUUUUGGAAAUUUCACGUGGCCAAUGGAAUGGUACAUUCCGGUUGCACAGAGCUGACCCAAGCCACCACGCAUUUGGUUAUUAUUCUUGUAAGCAGGAUGCAAAAGAGGGGUACUGGGGACAACAAUUUUCUCAAAUGGAAACGGACAUUUCGGUCCGACCAACCGAAAUGACCAGACCAGUCAAAGUGGACCACCUUCAAAGGUGGUCCCAAAUAUUCCGGUUGGACCUAACCGAAAUGGUAUGCUCCAUGUGAUUUCUAACUGAAAUUUCCAGAAUUUUGGGCUGAAUGGAAAGUGCUCUAAGUGAUGUUCAGUUUGUGUUUAUCUUUGUUGCAUAGGAGUCCCAAGCAUAUGAACACGGUGGAUCGUUUGGGGCAGAUGUCUCCUGCUGCCCAGAGGCUAGCAUCUCAGAGACUGGGAAUAAGAACGGGAACUGAUAAAUCUUUAAGAGCAAGUUACACCCCAUCGCCUGCUCAUAGCUUAUCAGUGGACACCACACCCACCUACCAUCGAGCUUCAACUCCUGCUACUCCACAGGAGAACAGUUCAACACCAUCGAGGAGUGUAUCUCUCACAGAUAACCUUCUCAGGUUACCAAAACACUGACACAGCCUUCAUCAGAUGAUUGAUAAUCCAGACAUACAAUUAAGCUUUUCAUUUGGAAAACUUUAACGAGUUAAAACAACUUUCGGCCCAUGUUACAACUGACACUACAUGAUUUCGAUGCAAAAGGUGAUAGCACGCUGCACGAACAGUAACAGAAAGCAUAAUAAAAGUUUUCUUGAGUUGAUCCCUGGUUUAGUCUUUAAGAGGUGACCAAAAUAAAUUCAAUUGUGAGUAUAAUUUUGAAAUGAGUACAGGUGACUCAACAGACACCCGGCUCUAUAGGACGGACACCUCUGCAAAAUGCAUAAUUAAAGUUGGUCCCUACCUUUCUUUACAUUCUACUCGUUCUAAGCCGGACACCUUUUGGACCUGCACUAAGUGUCCGCCGUCUUAGAGAGAUGUCCUUCUUAUAGAAAAACAAAUAGGAGGAGUAAAGAAAGGCAGGGAUCAACUGGCGGUAGGCGUCCGUUUUACGGAGGUGUCCGUCUCAUAGAGGUGUCCGUUAAGAUAGUGUCGGCUGUACUCCCCGCUUUAUUUGUUUCUCUAUAAGACGAACAUCUCCCCGAAUACGGACAUUAAGUACUGGUUCCAAAGGUGUCCUGCUUAGAGACAGUCAGACUGUAAAACAAAACCGGGUCUCAACGCCCUAGCUGAGGUUGAUUCAAAACAUCACGACAAAAUAAGGAUGAACUGAGGGAGUGUAAAGUAUUAAUGAAUAAAAGCAAUGCUUAAUUUUAUUUUUUCUACCGAAACUUUAAUUUUUUCAGAUCUGACUCAUUAAAUCAUUGACUC